CUCUUUGGCAAAUAUUUUAUUUUACUUUGAAGUGUGAAGUGAAAAUAAAUUUUUAUUCAUGAGCCAUUUUAGAAAGUAUUGAUUAAUUUGGUAUCUCUCUCCUAUUUCUAAAUUAUAACCAAAUCUUAUUUUGUCGUCUCAUACGUAUUAUAUAUAAAUGGUACGCUUGUAAUUACAAAAAUGUCUUCCACGACACCAAGGAAAGAAUCCUUCGAGGAUUUUUAUUCAGAGGUUAAGGAAAUAGAAAAACGCGAUUCCGUGCUGACUCCAAAACAACAAAUAGAGAGGUUGCUACGACCAGGGUCCACGUAUUUUAAUUUAAAUCCAUUCGAGGUGCUUCAAGUUGAUCCAGAAGCAAGUCUAGAUGAAAUUAAAAAGAAAUACAGACGGCUAUCAAUACUUGUUCAUCCUGAUAAAAAUAUUGAUGACUCUGAGCGUGCCCAGCAAGCUUUUGAGAUAAUAAAUAGAGCAUGGAAAACAUUGGAAAGUGAAGACACAAGGAAAAAAUGUUUGGACAUUUACCAAGAAGCCAAAGAGCGCACAGACCAUAUGAUUGAACAAAAACGUAAGAAACAAAGAAAAGAAAACAGGAUGGCUGAAGGUAUACCAGAAGAUGAUCCAGAUAAAUAUAAGCAUUCAAUAUAUGUGAUGACUAUGAAGCUGUUUGCCGAUAUGGAGCGAAAACGCCAACACCUUGAGACUCGAGACAUGGAAGAGAGGAAACGGAAGCGGGAAGCGGAGAUAGAGCAAGAGGAGCAAAUGUCAUUUGAAAAAGAAUGGGCUAAAAACUUUGAGGAGUCUCGACAAAAUAGGGUAGACAGUUGGAAAACAUUCCAGUCUGGUGGAAGCAAGGAGAAGAAAAAGAAAAAAAUUAUGGGAUUCAAGCCUCCGAAACCUAAACCUGAGAGCAGAUAACUAUGCCUUAUAAUUAUUAUAACUUUACAUAUGCUCCAUUUACUAAUAAAUCUAUGAAACUCGUUUAGUACGGCCAAGAUAAAUAUUGUAAACAAACAUCGGCGUGCACAUGGUUUCUGAACAUGGUGAUCUGGACUCAUAAAUUGGGUAUUUGACUAACUGGUAUAUUGAAUUUUAUGAUUUUUUUUCGGGAAAGUUGAGUAAAUAUUAACUAAUCUAUACAAAUAUUAUAAAGAGGUGAAGUUUGUGUACUUGCAGGGGUAAUCUCUGGAUCUACUGGACCGAACAUACCUUUAAAAAAAAAAAUAACUACAGUAACGAAACACGCAACGCUACGCCCGCGCAGAUUCGGGCUGGUUCUUCUUUCUGAUACUUUUUGAUUUUCCUUAUGAAAAACAAACAACAAUAAUUGUUUACAAUAUUUAUCACCUGUUUGCUGGCCUUCCUUUAGAUUAUAAUAAAAUUCCGAUCCCAAUAAAGUAUGAAUAUAAAUAAUUUAGAAAGACUCUUUGACUAAUUUUAAGUAACAAUUUCGAUUCAAGAAUUUAUGUAUCAAUAACCCGUAGACAGAGAAAUUAAUAGACAACUAAUUGGCGUGCCAUAGUAAAUCUAUCAUUAAAAUCUAUUCCUAAUUGAGAAGUUGUCAAACUUGUUUGACAAUUUGUCGUCGUUGUGCCUGAAAAAACUGCGUACGUCUGUCGUCGAAAAGAAUCGCAUUGUCUCAUUUAUAUAGUCUACGCUUAAGUACGAAUGCUUAUCUAUUUGUCUAUUACUUCUCAGUCUAUGCAACAACCUAUAUUGCCUGUGAGUUGCAUAUAAACAUUGUAGUUUCUCAAAAAAUCCUAAUGGAGUAGCAUCACAUAUUAUGUCCAUUUACAUCAGAACCAGUGUGUUGUAUAAUGACCUAUAAUAAGAAUUAAAUGUAAAUUAUUAUUUUUCCCUGACACCUCAACACCUUUAUACCGUUUGUGUCUAUGAAGGUGUGAUGUCACAUCACACUGAAAAGUGAUUAAAUAUAGCAUCUUGCGUUCAUUCAUAGACAAUUCACGUGCACAAUACCAAUGUGUGUGACUGUUGAGGUUCUAAAAUAAUUUUAGAUAUUCUAUUUUUGAAAGACAGUUUGGCUUUAUACUAGUAUGGUGACAGCUCAAAGGCGGUAUGUAAACUAAAAGAACGUCAGUAAAGAAGGAAUGCAUAAUUAAAUUAUUUUACAGUGGUAAAACUAACAGUAUAUUACGAUAAUUAAAAAGAAAAUUCUGCUUUGCUGACGCUCCUUUAGUACCUCCACUAAACAACUAAAGCCAAACCGUCUUAAUUAAUGUUUAAUAAAAUUAAUCCUGUUUUUGACAUUUUGUGUUCUUGCUAUUGACUUUGGUGAUCAUUUAUUUAUUAAGUUCAUUUACUCUAUUGUGUUUUUAUUUUAAGUAGAUUUUUAAAAUAAUCUAAUAGUAGUUAUCUAAAGUUUGUCUCGAAAUUUUGUUUCAGAUUUAUUUGUGAAUGCUCAUUGUGAUGUAAAUUAAACUAAAGAUGCUUUAACGAAUUUUGUUGAUUAGGCCCACAAUGAAGAGGUCCGUUGAUUGUCCUUUAUUUUGAAACAUAAUAAGAAACAUAAAAGUUGGCGUUGAUUAAUAAUAAUAAUAGAUAGAAUCUGAUUACCUACUGAUAAGUAGACUUCAUAGUUAUAGAAUAAAUUAAUUAUAAGGUCGCAUUAGAAAGUAAAGAAUGAUUAAAGAUUA